UAUCAAUAAUAGCAAACAUUUUCAAAUCUAUUCGAACGCUAUUACAUUUUUUUAGUAUCAUUUUUAUUAUUUUUGCACUAUAUAAGACGCAUUUUCUUCAGUUUCUAUUCAUAAGCAGCAAGUGGAAGAAGAAUAUUUCAAAAUCUAUCAGGUGAAAAAAUGAUUCAAGUGGGACUCCUGGUUCUCCUCUGCGCUGGAGCUUUAGCCCAACCAGCGUCGACGCCUCAGACUAUGCCUCCGUCUGCACCUGCGCCUAUGGCUACACCUACGCCUACGGCUGCACCUACGCCUACGGCUACACCUACGCCUACACCUACACCUACGCCUACACCUACACCCAGGCUUACGGCUGCACCUACGUCUACGCCUACGUCUACGUCUACGGCUACACCCAGGCCUACAGCUACACCUACGCCUACGCUUACACCUACGCCUACGGCUACACCCAGGCCUACAGCUACACCUACGCCUACGCUUACACCUACGCCUACGGCUACACCCAGGCCUACGGCUACACCUACGCCUACACCUACGCCUACGGCUACACCCAGGCCUACAGCUACACCUACGCCUACGCUUACACCUACGCCUACGGCUACACCCAGGCCUACGGCCACACCUACGCCUACACCUACGCCUACGGCUACACCUACGUCUACGGCAACACCCAGCCCUACGGCUACACCUACGCCUACGCUUACGCCUACGGCUACACCUACGCCUAUGGCUACACCUAGGCCUACGGGUACACCUAGGCCUACGGCUACACCUACGUCUGCGUCUAUGGCUACGGCUACUCCUACAACUAUGCCUACGUCUACAUCUACGCCUACGGCUACCCCUACCACUAUGCCUACUUCUACGUCUACCCCUACGUCUGCGUCGACCUCUGUGCCUGGGCCUACUACUAUGGAAACAUCUUGCGAAAAUGCCACACCAAUGCAGGGCUUUAAUCUAACAGCAUAUCUAGGAAAAUGGUACAACGUUGCGAAAUAUGCUUAUCCUGUUAAUUUCUUAACACAAUGCAUAAGUCAAACCUGGUAUGUGGACGAUGAGGGUUCGAUUAAACUUGAAGUCGACCUGCUAGACGUGAUAAAAUACGGUGAAGUAACACUUAGUGGCUCAGCGACAUUCGUUUAUGACGAUGCAGCAAUAUUUGAUUCAGAAUAUGAAGGUACACAAUAUGACCGACAAGUGAUAUUAUUCACGAACUAUGAUUAUGUUUCCGUCCUGCUCACUUGUGCUGAUAUGUCAGUUGGCAGGCUAAAUAACGUUUGGAUUAUGGCAAGAGAAAAAGUGCUACUAGACUGGGUUUAUGCCGAAGUUAUAACUAUUCUUGAAGAUAAUCAGCUGAGAACAGAUAUACUAAAUAUAGAAAAUUGGGAUUAUUGUAAAGCUGAGGGCAUGACCUGCUAAUACAUUUUUCAUGAAAACCUCGCCGUUAUUAAAUUUUGAAUUAACAAAGAAUUCAUAAAAAUGAUCUGUUGCAACUUUUUAAAUCGAUAAUCAAAUUAAAAUUCAAUAUUGUAAUUUUUAAAACAGGUACUCGUAUGUUUCUAGUAAUGGAACAUAUGGCAGUUUUUCAAUUUGCUACUAACUCAUAUGAGUAAUUACAUGUAAUAUCUUUACUGAAAAAUAAAUAUUCUGUUUUAAUC